AUGCCACCCCCCCGGCGAGAAAACCCACCAGAAAUGGAGGAAAACACGCAGGGUAGCAUAGGCCAAAUAAUUCUUGGGAGCGCGCUACCCGUUCAACAGCAUCAGGCAGUCCAUAUUAAUACACAGUCACACCAGGAUAUGUCCCCGAGUAUGAUCAACAGUGUACUGGAAGAUUCACCGCCAGGCAAUCCUGUAAUAGUAGCCCCUGCUGUUCUUCAUACGGGCAACCAAGAGAAUCCAGCUCUAGCAACUUCUAGUGCCAGCUCUCACUUACAUCCGCCAAACACAGGGUUGGGGCUUGAGCCAGGGUUGCCAUAUCUCCUGCCAGAUCAAGCGCAGAAUUUUUUUGUUCCGCCUCCACCACUCACUCAGCUAUCUGUCGAAGAUAAAGAUGAAAUUUCCAACAAGCUAUCCAGCUUCAUGUCGGUUCUGGCUCUAGAUUUUGAGCUACCCUCGCAUCAUGACCUUUCAGAAUACAUUACCGGGUAUUUCAACGCGUUCCACCCACAUUUACCGUUUCUUCAUAUGCCUACUAUGGCUGUUCGCACCUCUGCCGCCGAACUCAUCUUAGCUAUAGCGGCUGCUGGUUCACAUUACCGUCUCAAGCACGAGACAGGGGAAAUGUUAUUCCAUGCAAGCCUAGCGAUCGUGGCGGAGCGGUUCAAACGAAGGGAUACAGAGAAGUUUAUUUUUCCUCAGCUUGAUGGGCAUCCCUUUCCUUCGUCAGCCACGAGCCUUGAAAAUGAUUCCGACCCUUUAUCGUACUCAGCCUUGCAGACUGCUGAUGGCUCAAAGGACCCGAUACAGCUUGCACAGUGUUUGUUGAUCCUAAUUAACUUGGCCGCCUUGCGCAAGGACCAUGAAAUACACCAUGAAGGGUUCUCCAUAGAAAGGAGACUAGCAGCUCUAAUCCAAGAAUAUGGACUUGAGCAAGAGCCUAUGAAGCCUGAUGUGUCCUGGGAACAAUGGAUCCAGUUAGAGACGGCAAAGAGAACCAAGCUGAUGGCUUAUUGUUUUCUCAAUCUUCGUUGCAUCGUGUAUAAUAGCCUGCCAAUCAUUCCUAGCUCGGAUAUCAACAUGUCCUUGCCGAGCACAGCUGAUGAAUUCAACGCAAAUACACGCGCCAAGUGGGCGGAAGCACAUAGCAUUUCUCCUCCAGAAUCUAGCUUCCGAGGCGGUUUAGAUCGCUUGUUUGUUCUGCAGGCCGGUGACGCGGACUGGGUUAAUACUUCACUAGGGGAUUAUGUCCUCAGCCACGCAAUGAUUGAACACAUCUAUUUCCUUCGUCAGGCUUCCAGGUCUCAACAUGACGGAACUAGGAAAGUGUCGGCUGAAGUCAUGGCUCCAUCGGAAGUUGCGCUGAAUAAUUGGCUUGGCCAGGCACUGGCUACUAACGAUCCUGUUCAGGUUGGGGCCGCAUUGCUUGCAGUACCGCCCAUGCAACGCACACUCAAAAAUUCUGGAGUCUUGAAAAUUUGUGCAGCGGGCUUGAAAAUCCCGGCUAUGAUGGGCAUUCAAAAGGCACAGCCAUUCAUACGGUCCAUAUAUUUAGCUCUGUUUUCACUCGAGAGCGCAUUUCUCUUGACCAAAUGGAUCGACGCACUAUCAGUAGCUCCAGCUGGCUUUCCGGUGUGUGUCGAAGAAAUAGAGGUUCACACCCUGAUAAAGCAGACGCUGAAGGAUACUGAAUUUGCCAUUGAAGCAAACAGCGUUAUAGGAAACGUUGUGCAGCUUCGUCGGAUGAAUGUAGGCGUCAUACGUCUAUGGGCAAAACUAUUCAAGAGAGCCGAAGCCCCGGGCAUUGUUGGCCUUAUUGCGUCAUCCGCGCCAAGCAUCCUCGGAGCUCCCCAGCUCGUCCGCGGCCCGACGAACGACCUUCUAUAUCUAAGAGACCGCGAAGAGAUGGGCCCUCGGCCUUUUGAUAUACUUGCAAGUAUGAUAAGGGCCUGCUGGAUCUUCGCAACCAUGCUUCGGGACCAGCUCAAUCGCUUCUUUGCUCCGAGAGACGGGCGACAGCAGGCGUACAAACGGGUGGAUGAAGAUGAGAGAGACACUAGCGAAGAAGAUACGGAGACAUCCGCAUAUGAUGUCUCGCCGACUCAGGAAUUCUCAUGGACGGUUUAUUGUAUCUUCGUGUGGAUGGGGAUGGCCAUGCUCUGGGGAUGGAAUUCAUUCCUUGCCGCGGCACCUUACUUUCAACUUCGCUUUGCAGACAAUGACUGGGUCCGAGACAACUCCCAGUCGUCGAUAACAUCCGUAUUCUGCGUCACUGGUCUGGUUGCGCACUUUAUUCUGCUCAAGCUCCAGAAGAAUGCGUCCUACCCACGAAGAGUUAUGGUAUCGCUUAUGCUCAUAGCAUCGGUAUUUACCAUGCUCACUAUAUCAACGGUUGCUGCCCGUGGGCUCUCUGCGGGUGCCCUCUUCUCCUUCGUACUUCUUAUGGUAUUCGUAUCUUCGCUAUCCGGCUCGAUGAAUCAGAAUGGACUAUUCGCAUAUGUGUCUGGCUUUGCUCAACCUGCCUAUACGCAGGGGAUCCUGACUGGACAGGCUCUCUCCGGAGUUUUGCCGUGUAUCGUACAGCUUAUCUCGGUCCUAGCAGUGGCUGAUGGUGGUGAACAUGAGGCUGAUAAGGUAUUGAAUGCAGCCAAAUCAGCAUUUGGGUUUUUUGCUACUGCGGUAGCCGUCAGCGGGGCCGCGUUGCUUGCCUUCCUCUAUCUCUAUCGAUUUCAGGACAAGCGGCAAGGCGCACGCUACCCUCAGGAUGAGGAUAACAGUACUUCGAGCUCACCACCAGUUAAAAAGGCAGUUCCUUUAUUAACGUUAUUCCGGAAAACCCGAUGGCUAUCUCUUGCAAUCUUUUUCUGCUUUUGCAUCACCAUGGCUUUCCCCGUUUUCGCAUCCCAGGUCCAGAGUGUGAAUAAGGAACAACCUCCUCCUCGCUAUACGCAACCGGGUGUAUUCAUUGCACUCGCUCUUCUAUUCUGGAAUUCCGGGGACUUGCUUGGUCGUAUGCUGGUCUUGCUACCGUUACCAGGGGGCUUCAAACCGUCUCCAUUCAUGCUGUUUAUACUCACACUAUCCCGCAUUGUCUUCAUCCCGUUGUUCCUAAUGUGCAAUGUACGGGGGAGAGGCGCGAGCAUCAAUAGUGACUUUGUGUAUCUUGUCCUUAUUCAGGGUUUGUUUGGAGUUACAAACGGUUAUCUUUGUGUUUCCACUAUGGUUGGUGCUACAGAAUUGGUCGAUGAGGAUGAGAGAGAACCAGCUGGUGCGUUUAUGGGUAUGUUACUGGUUGCUGGUUUGGCGGCUGGGAGCGUGUUGAGUUUUUUCAUUGGUGCUAUUUGA